AUGGCGCGAUAAAUUGAAAAACACAGUACACAAGCGCUCGGUUGCGCUUGGUCAAAAUUUGUGGUUGUACAAGAGUGUUUAUCGGCUACCAGGCGAUAUAGUAUGAAAGCGAUGUCUCAUCAUUACGUGGUGACGGCACACAAACCAACGGCUGUCACUGCCUGCGUAACCGGUAAUUUUACUUCACCCACGGAUUUGAACCUGAUAUUGGCGAAAAAUGUACGCUUGGAGAUAUAUCUGGUGACACCGGAAGGCCUGAGACCUCUAAAAGAAGUCGGGAUCUACGGCAAAAUUGCCGUCAUAAAAUUCUUCAGACCACCGCAUGAGAAAAAGGACCUCUUAUUUCUGUUAACAACACGUUACAAUGCUAUGAUUUUGGAAUGUAUCGGUGAGGGAGAAGACAUUGAAAUCAUAACAAAGGCUCAUGGAAACGUCGCAGAUCGUAUCGGAAAGGCUUCCGAAACUGGGAUUAAAGCCGUCAUUGAUCCGAAAGCACGGGUGAUCGGUCUCAGAUUGUACGAUGGUCUGUUUAAGAUUAUACCUCUGGACAAGGAUAAUCCAGAGCUUAAGGCAUCUUCAAUACGUAUGGACGAGCAGCAAGUGCAAGAUGUCAAUUUUCUUCACGGAUGCGCUAAUCCCACCUUGAUUCUAAUCCAUCAAGAUAUUAACGGCAGACACGUGAAAACACACGAGAUAAACUUGAGGGAUAAGGAAUUUUCAAAGAUACCCUGGAGGCAGGAUAAUGUAGAGCGAGAAGCCAUGAUGGUGAUUCCCGUACCUUCUCCCAUUUGCGGGGCCAUCAUAAUAGGACAGGAGAGCAUUAUAUAUCACGACGGUACGACAUACGUCGCUGUUGUGCCACCGAUCAUAAAGCAGAGCACUAUCACCUGCUACGCGAAGGUGGAUAAUCAAGGAUUGCGAUACUUGCUGGGCGACAUGGCCGGUCACUUGUUCAUGUUGUUCUUGGAGCAGGAAAAGAAGCCCGACGGGACUCAAGUGGUGAAGGAUUUGAAAGUCGAGCUGCUGGGCGAAAUCAGUAUACCGGAAUGCAUAACUUACCUGGACAACGGCGUGAUAUACGUCGGUAGUCGCCUGGGCGAUUCUCAGUUGAUCAAACUAAUCACAAAGGCAGAUGAAAAUGGAUCCUACUGCGCCCCCAUGGAAACUUUCACCAACUUGGCGCCUAUCGUCGACAUGGCUGUAGUAGAUCUGGAAAGGCAGGGCCAGGGACAGAUGGUGACGUGCUCCGGCGCUUUUAAGGAAGGUUCCCUCAGAAUUAUCCGAAACGGCAUAGGCAUCCAAGAGCACGCGAGCAUUGAUCUGCCGGGGAUUAAAGGUAUGUGGGCUCUGAAGGUCGGCGGCGGGAGUUUCGAUAAUACAUUGGUGCUGUCGUUCGUUGGACAGACGAGAAUCUUGACUCUGAACGGCGAGGAAGUCGAGGAGACGGAGAUACCGGGCUUCGUCGCGGACGAGCAGACAUUCCACACGGGCAACGUCACCAAUGACCUAUUUAUCCAGAUAACUCCGACGUCCGCCAGAUUGAUUUCGCACGAGAGAAAGAUAGUGGUUUCCGAGUGGGAGCCGCAGAACAAGAGAACAAUCAGCGUGGUGGCCUGCAACGGCACGCAGGUCCUGUGCGCCACAGGAAACGAUCUCUUCUACAUGGAAAUCUCGUGCGACCAGAUCGUGUCCAAGGGAUUCGUCACUUUGCAGCACGAAGUGGCGUGCCUGGACAUCUCGCCGCUCGAGGGUGUCACCGAGGCGAAAAUCGUUGCCGUCGGACUGUGGACGGACAUAUCCGUUCGCAUUCUCACUCUGCCCGGCUUGGAAGAGAUCAAUAAAGAGCUCCUCGGCGGCGAGAUUAUACCCAGAUCGAUUUUGAUGACUUGCUUCGAGGGUAACACGUACUUACUUUGCGCACUGGGCGACGGCAGCAUGUACUACUUCACUCUGCACAGGCAGAACGGCGUGCUCUCGGACAAGAAGAAGGUCACCCUGGGAACGCAACCCACGGUUCUCAGGACCUUCCGCUCGCUGUCCACGACAAACGUGUUCGCAUGCUCGGACAGGCCGACGGUGAUUUACUCCUCGAAUCACAAGCUGGUCUUCAGCAACGUCAAUCUCAAGGAGGUGAAUCAUAUGUGCUCCCUGAACGCGGAGUCGUAUCCCGACAGUCUGGCGCUGGCCACCGACAGCACGGUGACGAUCGGCACGAUCGACGAGAUCCAGAAGCUCCACAUAAGAACGGUGCCGUUGGGGGAGUCGCCGAGACGAAUCGCUUAUCAAGAAAGCUCGCAGACCUUCGGGGUGAUAACAAUGCGCGUGGACGUGCAGGAGAGCAGCGGUAUGAGCAUCGUCAGGCAUUCCGCGUCCACUCAGGCGGCCUCCACGUCCAGCAGCAGUCAGAUCGCGUCGCACAACAAGCCGAGCGGGCACACCGCCAGCGAGAUCGGCCAGGAGAUCGAGGUGCACAAUCUCCUCAUCAUCGAUCAGCACACGUUCGAGGUGCUGCACGCGCACACGCUGAUGCCCACCGAAUACGCGCUGUCGCUCAUCUCGACGCGACUCGGCGAGGACCCGACGUCCUACUUCGUCGUUGGAACCGCGUUCAUAAAUCCGGACGAGACCGAGCCGAAGAUGGGCAGGAUAUUGCUGUAUCAUUGGAGCGACGGAAAGUUCGCGCAGGUCGCGGAGAAGGAAAUCAAGGGCUCGUGCUACUCGCUCGUCGAGUUCAACGGCAAACUUCUCGCGAGCAUCAACAGCACCGUACGAUUGUUCGAGUGGACCGCGGAGAAGGAGCUCAGACUGGAGUGCAGUCACUUCAAUAACAUUAUAGCGCUUUACUUGAAGACCAAGGGCGACUUUGUCUUGGUGGGCGACCUUAUGAGAUCCCUCACACUGCUUCAGUACAAGACGAUGGAAGGUAGCUUCGAGGAGAUAGCCAGGGACUACAAUCCCAAUUGGAUGACCGCUAUCGAGAUACUGGACGAUGAUACCUUCCUGGGCGCCGAGAAUUGCUUCAAUCUCUUUGUGUGUCAGAAAGACAGCGCCGCGACGUCCGAAGAUGAGAGGCAGCAAAUGCAGGAAGUAGGUCAGUUUCAUCUAGGUGACAUGGUCAACGUCUUCCGGCACGGUUCAUUGGUGAUGCAGAAUUUGGGAGAAUCGAGCACACCUACGUUGGGCUGCGUAUUGUUUGGGACUGUUAGCGGUGCAAUUGGUCUAGUGACACAAAUUCCGUUCGCAUUUUACGAAUUCCUGCGCAACUUGGAGGACAAACUGAACAGCGUGAUAAAAAGCGUGGGAAAAAUAGAGCAUCACUUCUGGAGGAGUUUCAAUACGGAAUUAAAGAUCGAACCAUGCGAGGGCUUUAUAGACGGCGAUCUGAUCGAAAGUUUCCUGGACUUGAAUCACGACAAAAUGGCGGAAGUUGCAAUGGGCCUUAUGAUCGACGACGGCAGCGGCAUGAAAAAGGAAGCGACGGUAGAUGAUCUAGUAAAAAUAGUGGAAGAUCUUACAAGGAUACAUUAAAUAAUAUUUAAGUGAACAAUAUUUAAAUUUGUGAAAUGUCUGUACUAGAAGACGUAAGACGGAUUCAGACAGCGAUUUAAGCGGGAACGCAAACGUUUAUACAGUCAUCUUUACUAUCAUUGUACGCAGAAACGUAAAUGGCGUAAAUUAUCUUUUUGUCUGUAGAUCUUUUUUGUAUGCAUCCCUGAGAGUGAAUAAUUUUGAGGAUCUGGUUCGUGUGAGAAAAUUCGUUCACUUUCAUUUGUCAUAUGUUACAUCGGCGAGCAGUAAUUUUUAGAAUCUUGCAUAUGACGUAGAGAUAAUUACAGCGUAGAGCGACAUUGGCUGGUAAAUUAUUUUCAAAGAGUGCUCGGAUUUCUAGUACCUUUGUAUCUUUGUAAGAUUGAGUGUAAAUAAAAAGGAUUUUAGCUAA